CAGCAAGCGAAAUACCCGUUGUAACCUACAUAUACUUCAUGUUAUCACACACAUGUCCAUAUCUCAUACAGAUCUUGUGAUGCUCCAAACGGAAACCAAGUAGUGCGCAUGUGUAUGACGCGUGUACAGGGCCGGAGUUCAGUAUACGCCCCACUCCUGUAGACAGUCAAAGGUUCAAGUUUGUAUAACACAGAAGGAAGGAACUAAGUUAAUCACGGAAGGCUCUCCAGGCGGGAGGAUGGAACCAUUGCAAGACCAAGACCAAACUGAUCGUGAUGUUGGUCUACUUCUGACUGAAGUUUUAGACGAAAUAGAUAGAGGCCCACAACAGGGGCGACACCCCACUUCUACAUCUUCCACACAACAGAACUAUUAUCAGUGUCCAGUGUCCCAGACUAACAUCUCUAAUGCCUCUAAUGUUUCUGUUGGGGAUCUGGCACACAGGGGUUGUCUCUCACAGGAAAACCUCACAACAAGGAUAGACAAUCUGAAAAAGGAAUUUAUUCACGUCCAUGCUCUAGAAGUAGCAGAGGAGUUGCUGAAAAAGAACAGACAUAUUGCCAUCAACGGAGCUCCAGGGGAUGGGAAAACCAGCAUCGCUUUAAUGCUUUGUGAUACAUAUCUAGAGAAAAGAACAAUGAUAUGCUUGUUGUCUUUGUUUGGUUCUGUUACAUUACCGUCAAGUUUAGAAGCUAUCCACAAAGUGUUCAGCGCCCUGGUUGAAUCUGUGUGUGUCUUGAGUGUGUCACAACCAGAUAAAGCUACUUCAGGACAGACAUUCAAGCUUCACUUUCUUUUCACAUCACGAACCAACAACUGGAAUGAGGGAUGUUCAAGACUGCAUCAGUUCAAAGGCACCCUCUUCAGUUCACAAGUUGUCGUUGAUUUGACAAAAAAAGGCCUUUCAGAAAAAGAAAAGGAAUCCAUUCUCACAUCCUUCAUGAGGGGAAAUUCACAUUUCGACAUUUCUCAGGAGGAUAUGAAAGCUAUUACACAGAUACAAAACAGCAUGUUUGGAUUCCCAUUGACCUGUAGACUGUACGUCGAUAACACAGUCUUCCACAUGAAGACUCGAGACUUUUUCCAGCACCCUGUGACCUACUUGAGAGGCGACCUUGACAACAUUGUCAGAGAACAGAGUAGCAGAUCAUUUGCUCUUAUUCUUCUCAUCCUGUGUGGUGGGAAACUGGACCUUGUUUCCUUUCAACUAGGAAUUGGAGGAGCCCACACCGCCCUGUUUCGUGCUGUAAAGGAGGUGGUGCCAUUGUGUACUCCAACGGACAUUGGUAACGAAAUCAGAAAUUUCAUUGGCUCCUACUGUAGAGUGGAGAAUAAUGUAGCUUCCUUCUCACAUCCAUCCAUCUAUGAUGCGGCAGCAUGUGCCCUUGGUAAUAUCAAUCCUGUGUUGUUGUUAAAGCAUUGCUCUAUGAAGUUUUUGUAUGAAAGAGUAAGACAGGGUAAGCACGACCAACAACUGCCAACAAUCACCUAUGAUGUCACAAAUAUGAUCUACAUCACGUCUCGACUAUUCCCAAUAGUACUGACCAGGCUGGUGGAAGGCAUACAACAAGGAUGUUUCAGAUGGACACUCACCCAUCCUCUUUUGAGGGACGCCCGAUUUGCCUCCUUACUUCAACAAGAACUGGCUGAUCACUUGCAACACAUUUUUACAAAGAAAGACAAUGAUUCUGGAGAAUGUUUCUUUUAUUAUGUGAUACUGUCAGAUAAUGAUAUACUUUUUACCCAGUCAUUGGAAAUACUUGGUAGAAGGGAAAACAUCCAAGUUCUUUCAGUGGAGAAUAGAAACUACCUCUAUGAUGGUUUAUUUGCCUGUGUGCUAUGGCAUAAGCUCAGACACCUUGAAGAUAUUAUAGAUAUGCUUCAGGAAGGUCAUAUGUUCGAUGUCAACUGGAGAAAGGGAGAUAGAACCCUGCUGAUGUUUGCUGCAGAGUCAGGUCAUUUGGAUGUGUUCAACGUAUUGUUAAACUUGAAAGCAGACGUUUUACUUACUGACAAGAAAGGAUAUACUUGUCUUCACCACGCUUGUAAAUCGGGGAGCAAAGAUGUCAGUAUAGCUAUUGUUAAGCUUUGUCCUGAUUUGAUGAAUGUAUUUGCCGAGAAAGGCCUGACAGCUGCCAUGUUGUGUUGUUUGUCAGGUCAGAAUGAAGUUCUGAAAGAACUUGUGCGGCAAGGAGGAAAUCUCAGUCUCACCGACAACAAAGGUAGAAACUGUCUUCAUUUGGUUUGUGAAAGUGGACCCCCAUCUACAGUGAAAUAUUUGAUUUCUCUGAAAACAACUGAUAUCAAUACUAAAGGAUGGCUCGGGCAGACACCGGCGAUGAUUGCAGCACUAAAUGGACAUUCUGAUGUCUAUAACCUGCUUGUAUCAGAGGGUGCUGAUCUGUCACAUACUGAUGGUAACAACAAUGAUUGUCUGAUGUUGGCAUGCAUGGGAGGCAGCAUGCCUAUUGUGAAACACCUCUUGCCCUUGAAACUGUUUGACAUCAAUAAGAGAGAAGGGUUAAACAAGACACCAGUUUUGUUGGCAGCAGAGAGAGGACACUCAGAUGUUUAUAAUCUUCUUGUGUCAGAGGCGGCUGAUCUGUCGCUCACUGAUGAUUACAAACAUGAUUGUCUGAUGUUGGCUUGUAUGGGAGGUAGCAUGCCUAUAGUGAAACACCUCUUGUCCUUGAAAACAUUUGACAUCAAUGCAAGACAAUGGUGCAACAAGACACCAGUUAUGUUGGCAGCUCAGAGAGGACAUGUAGAUGUUUAUAAUCUUCUUGUAUCAGAGGGUGCUGAUUUUAUGAACAAAGAUUGUUUGAUGUUGGCAUGUGAGGGAGGUAGCAUGCCUAUUGUGAAACACCUUUUGUCCUUGAAAACAUUUGACAUCAAUAGGAAAGGAAAAUUUACCAAGACACCAGUUAUGUUGGCAGCAAUGAGAGGACAUUUAGAUUUAUAUAAUCUUCUUGUAUCAGAGGGGGCUGAUCUGUCACUUACUGAUAAGGAGAAAAAUGAUUGUCUGAAGUUGGCUUGUGAGAGAGGUAGCCUACCUAUUGUGAAACACCUCUUGUCCUUGAAAACAUUUGACAUCAAUAGGACAGGCUGGUUCAAUCAGACACCAGUUAUGUCGGCAGCAUACAGUGGACAUUUAGAUGUAUAUAAUCUUCUUGUAUCAGAGGGGGCUAAUCUGCAACUUACUGAUGCGCUGGGCAAAGAUUGUCUGAUGUUGGCUUGUGAGGGGGGUAGCAUGCCUAUUGUGAAACACCUCUUGUCCUUGAAAACGUUUGACAUCAACAGGAGAGGAAGGUCUAACCAGACACCAGUUAUGUUGGCAGCAGAGAGGGGACAUGUUGACGUAAGCAACCUUCUUGUAUCAGAGGGGGCUGAUCUGUCACUUACUGAUGAGUACAACAAUGAUUGUCUGAUGUUGGCUUGUGAGGGCGGUAACAUGCCUCUUGUGAAAUACCUAUUAUCCUUGAAAACAUUUGACAUCAAUAGGAGAGGAAGGUCUAACCAGACACCAGUUAUGUUGGCAGCAGCGAAAGGACAUGUUGAUGUAAGCAAUCUUCUUGUAUCAGAGGGGGCUGAUCUGUCACUUACUGAUGAUAACAACAAUGAUUGUCUGAUGUUGGCAUGUAAGAGAGGGAACAUGCUUAUUGUGAAACACCUGUUGUCCUUGAAAACAUUUGACAUCAACAGGAGGGGAUGGUUAAGAAAGACACCGGUUAUAUUUGCAGCAGAGAUGGGACAUGUUGAUGUUCGUGAUCUUCUUGUAUCAGAGGGUGCAGAUCUGACACUUACUGCAAUACAUAUCCCCCAUGACUACUCUGUAUAACUAAACUGAUGUAUUAAAGUGGACGUUGUCUUUCCAAGUUAAGUAAAUGACGCUACAUCUCCGAAGAAAAUGAAUACAUGGUUAAACCGGACACCAGUUAUGUUGGCAGCAUCGGAAGGACAUGUUGAUGUGUAUAAUCUUCUUGAAUCAGAGGGGGCCGAUCCGUGACUUUCUGCAUCACUUGUCCCCAUUUGGCAACUCUGUAUAACUGUAGAGAAGAAAAAGUAUUGUCUAUAGUAAUUACUGUGUAAUUAGCAAGCUGCCAUCUUCAAUACAUAUAUGCUACAGAGGCCCGUUACAUACAGUCUCACAUUAAGAAUCAUUAUGGAUAGAACAUAUUGAUAACUAGUUUGUUCUGCGCCUGCCCACUGUUCUCUUGUGCACACACAGGAGCUCCACGAGAUUGGCUCUUCUCUUAAAAAUCUACGGUAAUGAUUGAGUCAUCCUAACUGUCUCACUGCCCAGCUUUGUUUAGCCUCAUUUGAGACAAGGAAAACCAUGCGGGGAUAACUAUCCAGACAAAUACGGUCUCAAGAUGAUUGUCUUAGAAGAUAAUGACAAUAAAAGCACCAAAACCCUUUCCAUAUUCAAUAGCUAAAAGCUGAGUCGAUUGCACGAUUCCGACUAUAUCAAGAGCUUUUGUUGAUGAAUCACUCUCAAAUAGUGAUGAUACCAGGUGUUCUCGAAAAGGCGAGUGUAAUCUGCUCCAAGGGUGGAACCUGUCACAAACACAUGACAACACAAGUCAACACGAGAACAGAUGGUACAAGUCAAGUUCUUCCGGAAGUUGUCCCUUACUGAUCCGCUCACUGAUGAUUACAAACAUGAUUGUCUGAUGCUGGCUUGUAUGGGAGGUAGCAUGCCUAUUGUGAAACAUCUCUUGUCCUUGAAAUCAUUUGACAUCAAUGCGAGACAAUGGUUCAAUAAGAUGCCAGUUAUGUUGGCAGCACAGAGGACAUGUUGAUGUUUAUAAUCUUCUUGUAUCAGAGGAUGCCGAUCUGUCACUAACUGAUUUGAUGAACAAACAUUGUCUGAUGUGGGCAUGUGAGGGAGAUAGAAUGUCUAUUGUGAAACUCCUCUUAUCCUGUAAAACAUUUGACAUCAAUAGGAGAGGAUAGUUUAACCAGACACCAGUAAUGUUGGCAGCAAAGAGAGGACAGAUUGAUGUUUUCAAUCUUCUUAUAUCAGAGGGUGCUGAUCUGUCCCUUAAUGAUGAUAACAACGAUGAUUGUUUGAUGUUGGCAUAUGAAGGAGGUAGCAUGCGUAUUGUGAAAAAGCUCUUAUCCUUGAAAACAUUUGACAUCAAUAAAAAAGGAACGUUUAACUUGA